UGAGUUGUUCGAAGUUGGUGGUUGGUUGGUGGACGGGCGGCUGAGAAAAGGAACUUAAUACUGUUGUUUCUCAGGGAAUUAUUAUCGUUUAGUUUACUUAGAAUAAACCCCAGCCAUGGACAUUUACAUGAUGAUCCGGCGCCAGAAGACCACCAUCUUCACCGACGCCAAGGAGAACACGUCCGUGGCGGAGCUGAAGCGAAUCCUGGAGGGCAUCCUGAAGGUGGCGCCCGAGAACCAGAAGCUGCUCAAGGACGAGACCGAGAUGGAGGACACUAAGACGCUUCAGGACUGCGGCCUGACGUCAUCGACGGCGCAGGCGCACAAGCCGGCCACACUGGUCCUUUGCUUCCGGCAAGAGGAUGGCGAGUUUGAGGCCCCCGAGGUGGUGCCCUACUCGACGCCGCCUGAGCUUCCGGACGUGAUGCGGCCCCAGCAAGAGACGGCCCCCGCCGAACAGAUCGCCUCGUGAAGCUCCCGUAUGCGCUGCCCGCGGACGGAGGUACCUGACGCGUCAGCGCGCCACCCCAGGUCACCGCCCGCAGUCGCGUCCGUCCCGCUGACGGCGCUGCGAAACCGCUGACGUCACCGCCGUGUCCCAGUGACGUCACUGGGCGGCGUCG